UGACAAGUCUGAGGCUCCUUCUCAUCCUAGAACUAAUGGGAAAGUUUGAAAUAGUCUACCUUCGCCAGAGCUCAGCCCAGUUAUAGGUAAUUCACCAGUGUGGUUUGCAAAUUUCUAAGAUGGUACGUGAACAGUACACCACAGUGACGGAGGGCACCCUCGUGGAGAGGCCUGAGAGCCAGAACGUCUACAAGAUCGGCAUCUAUGGCUGGAGGAAGCGCUGCCUCUACUUGUUUGUCCUUCUCUUGCUCGCCAUCCUUGUUGUGAAUUUGGCCCUCACUAUUUGGAUUCUUAAAGUGAUGUGGUUUUCUCCAACAGGAAUGGGUCAGUUACAUGUUACAAAAGAUGGACUUCACCUGGAUGGGGAAUCAGAAUUUUUAUUUCCACUAUAUGUCAAAGAAAUACGCUCCAGAAUGGACUCAUCUUUGCUCUUACAGUCAGCUCAUAACGUGACAGUCAAUGCUCGCAACUCAGAAGGGGAGGUCACAGGCAGGCUGAAAGUGGGUCCCCAGAUGGUAGAAGUCCAGAACCAGAGGUUUCAGAUCAGUUCCAAAACUGACAAGCCACUGUUCACUGCUGAGGAACAGGGAGUCGUGGUUGGUACAGACAAACUGCGGGUAACUGGGCCAGAAGGGGCUCUUUUUGAACACUCAGUGGAGACACCUCUUGUCAGAGCAGAUCCAUUUCAAGACCUUAGGUUAGAAUCCCCUACACGAAGUCUAAGUAUGGAUGCCCCAAGAGGGGUUCACAUUAAAGCUCAGGCUGGGAAAAUCGAAGGACUUUCUCAAAUGGACAUUCUCUUGCAGAGCAGUGACGGAAUGCUUGUGCUUGAUGCUGGAACCGUGCGUUUGCCCAAGUUGGAGCAGGGGACCUGGGACCCCUCUGGCAGUUCUCAGGGACUCUAUGAAAUCUGUGUGUGUCCUGAUGGAAAGCUGUACCUGUCUGUGGCUGGUGAGGACACCACAUGCCAGGAACAUAGCCACAUCUGUCUCUGACCACCGCUCCUUUGCAGAACAGCUGCCUCGUCUCUGUGAGCCAAGAGGUAUGGCCUCAGCCUUCACACAGAGGGUCAAAUGGACACUCUGCAACAGUGAGAGGAUACCUGGUGGAUGGGGAAGAAAAUGCACUUCCCAAGGUCUCAGCAAGGACAACAUGCUAAUGAAAAUGGCCCAAGCUACCUGAUCUCAAAAUGAUAAGUGGAUGUCAGAAGGAAAAAUCAAAGAAAUGUCAAAAUAAUAUAUCUAUUCCACUGCAUUUUCAUCAGAACAGCUAAAACUCUUCUCUUCUUAGCCUUGCUUCCCAUCUCUCACAAAGUCAAUGAGGACCCUUGAACUGCUGUAUAGAAGCAAUUUAUAAUAUUCAACAGCAGACAUCUAUCUCCUCACAAGAGGAGAGUUGGUCAACCCUAAAAUAUCCCCAAAGUCUGUAUCAUGCUUUCUUUACAUGAAACUCAAGUGCCCUCUUCAGUUGAAUGCAGUGUGUCGUGUGUCACUAGAAAAUCUUCAGGUUUUUACGGGCAUUUGAGACUGAUCUGAUUGUCACUGUGUAGUCAAGGGAAGAAAUUACACAAGAUCAGUCAUGCUUUCUAUGUAACAUAGUCAAUGAGCAAUAAAAAUCUACCAUCCUUUUUGUCAGA